UGUGUCAUAGAUCAAGAAGAAAUGAGCCACAGCAGUGUCGGAGUUGGACUAACUGUAAUUUGGGGGUAAAUACCCUGAUUUACAAUUCAAAGAAGAAUCAACCUCAAAAUCCUGUUUUAAGGGUCCCUCAACUUGGAGCUGAUACUGUUUAAUUUUCGGCAACCUUCAGACUGAAAGUUUUUUUUCUCCUCGUCCUCUGCACCAAAAAUCCAGAAUUCCGUUGGAGCGACCGCAACUUCAACUGCGACGCUUAAUCGCGCCGGACACACCAAUCCACAACAUGUUACAUUGGAAAAUGCGGAUACAAGACAAUGUAACUCCUUGAUGGGAAGCAUUUAAAAUAGUAUAUAUCAGUGCGCGCUCUCGGCCAAGCGCAGCAUCAGCGCCAGCAACUGAUGCGCGUGCACGCUCCGGCAGAGUCUGCUGCCCGUGAUCCCGGGAAGAGGAGUUGGAACUGCGCGAGUUAAAGUUGGGGAGAGGGCGGUAAAGAAUGCUGUCCUUUCCGGUGAAGAGAGAAUAAUCUACAAACCCAAAUUACUAAUCCUAUUGCGGAGAAACGUUGCCCAAAGUGAAGGAUGAUUUGCAAAAUAUUACGCAUAACUCUUUUAUUUUUGGGGUUUCAACAUUGCUCAUCACGUGAGUGUGUUGAUCCACUGGUCUCUGGGCUCUAUGCCUCCUCCUUCCUUGCCUCCUCUAGAUACAACUUCCUCUACUCUGCCAACUUUGCCAAACUAUAUGGAAGCAGCGGUUGGUCCCCGUCCCCCGGGGACCGACAGCCAUGGCUGCAGGUGGACCUGGGCAGGAAGUACCGGCUGGUGGCCGUCGCCACCCAGGGCACCUUCAACUCCUACGACUGGGUUAGCAAGUACACCCUGCUUUAUGGGGACCGGUAUGACUCCUGGACCCCAUAUGUCAUGAAAGGGGGGAAUUCGACAAUGCCAGGAAACUGGAACUACCAUCAGGUGAAGAGGAACGUCUUCCACUAUGCCUUCACCGCUAAACACGUCCGCCUGCUGCCUCUGGCGUGGAACACUGAGAACGGAGGGAAGAUUGGCGUUCGGCUGGAACUCUUCGGCUGCCCCUAUGACUCCUACGUGCUGCAGUACAAUGGCGACGACACGUUGAUCUACAUGUACCCAGAGAAGAGGUCCCGCACACUAAGGGAUCACUACGCCAUUAACUUCAAGACCCUGGAGCAGGACGGGCUGCUGCUGCACAGCGAGGGAGUGCAGGGAGACGUGGUCACCCUGGAGCUCAAGCGAGGCCGUCUCUAUCUGCACAUCAGCCUAGGGAGCAGCAUGGUGCACAAGGUAAACGGCAGGACCACGUUAACCGCCGGCAACAUUCUGGAUGACCAACACUGGCACUAUGUCACCAUCAAGCGCUACGGCCGACAGGUGAACUUCACCGUGGACAGCCAGACGGUGACGGCCAUAUGCAAAGGAGAGUUCAGCCACCUGGACCUGGACUCCCAGUUGUAUGUAGGUGGUGUGAUAGAGAGCAACGUGCCCCACCUCCCCACCACGCCAAACUUCCGCGGCUGCCUGGAGAACGUCUUCAUCAACGGGAUCAAUAUUAUCGACAUGGCCAAGAGAGAGGAGCCGGAGAUACGUAUCCCCCGAAAGAAAAAGAUGCACUACCAUUGUCGUGACAUUCUGCUGAAGCCCAUGACGUUUGCCGGACCCAACAACUACCUGCAGGUGCCCGGGUUCUUCCGGAAGCCCCGUAUGUUCGUCAAGUUCAAGUUCCGCUCCUGGGACUACACGGGGCUGCUGAUGUUCACCCGCUUCGCCGACGACCUCGGAGCUCUGGAGCUCGGUCUCAGUGAGGGACAAGUCAACGUCACCAUAUUCCAGCCUGGCAAAAAGAAACUGCAGUUUGCUGCAGGCUACCGCCUGAACGACGGUUACUGGCAUACAGUUGAUCUGGCUGCCAGGGACAACCUUAUGACCCUCACCAUAGAUGAGGAGGAGGGCUCUCCACUGAAGAUCACCAACCCCUUCACCAUACGCACCGGAGACCGCUACUUCUUUGGCGGUUGUCCGAAAACAAACAACACCAUACGGAAAUGUGAGACCAAGCUGAACCACUUCCAUGGCUGCAUGCAACAGAUCUACAUUGAUAACGAACAGCUUGACAUUGACUUUAUACUGCAGCGCCAGUGGGGGCGCUAUGCUGAGCUGCUGCUAGGCACCUGUGGUAUCACUGACAGAUGCACGCCGAAUCCAUGUGAACACGAGGGCAGAUGCAUCCAGUCCUGGGACGACUUCAUCUGCCUGUGUGAAAACACAGGCUACAAAGGAGAAGUUUGUCACAUGUCGGUGUACAAAGAGUCAUGCGAGGCCUACAGACUCCAAGGGAAGUACUGGUCUGGGAACUAUACCAUCGAUCCGGAUCUCAGCGGUCCAUUGAAACCAUUUGAGGUGUACUGCAAAAUGAAAUCAUAUAAGGCUUGGACUGUGAUCCUUCAUGACCGUGUGGACGGCACCAAGGUGACUGGCAGUACUGUAGACCGACCAUAUGUAGGCAACGUUAACUACUGGAAUGCUUCCUGGGAUGAGGUCACUGCCCUGGCCAACACCUCCAUGUACUGCGAGCAGUGGAUCGACUACUCCUGCUACAAGUCCCGCCUGCUCAACACGCCCAAUGGAAGGCCUUACGGCUACUGGAUCGGUCGUAACAAUGAGAGUCAUUACUACUGGGGAGGGGCUUUCCGUGAGGUCCAAAAGUGCGGCUGUUCCAUCAACCAGACCUGCACGGACCCCAAGUUCCACUGCAACUGUGAUGCAGACUACAGACAAUGGUACUCAGACAAGGGAUAUUUGGACUUCCGAGAUCAUCUGCCCGUACGGAGGGUUGUCAUCGGCGACACUAACAGAACCAACUCGGAAGCGCAAUACACUGUCGGACCCCUACGCUGCCAUGGCGACAGAAACAUCUGGAACACCAUAUCCUUCGUCAAGCCCACCUACAUCACAUUCCCUACCUUCAAACCAGGCUCCAGCGCUGACAUCUCCUUCCACUUCAAAACAUACCGAGACAACUGUGUCUUCCUGGAGAACUCCGACGAGCAGCUCCGCAACUUCCUUCGCAUAGAGCUCAACACGACCCAGAACCUGGCGUUUGUGUUCAUGGUUGGGGACGGCAUCCUCAACGUGACAUUGAGGUCUCCCAUGCCGCUCAACGACAACGAGUGGCACUUCGUCCAGGCCGAGAUCAACGUGAAACUCGCUCGAAUCAAAGUCGACUGGCAGCCGUGGGCGGUCAGGCGUUUCCCAGGCCAAACGUUUGUGACCAUGGAGUUCUCACACCCAAUUCUCGUGGGCGCGGCCAACCGAACCCUGAGGCCGUUCCUGGGCUGCAUGCGAGGCUUACGGAUGAACGGCGUGCCGCUAGACCUGGAGGGGAAGGUGAACGAAGAGCAGGGGAUUCGCAGGAACUGCACGGGCGAGUGUCUGAAUGCGACCAUACCGUGCCGAAAUAGCGGCCAGUGCAUAGAGGGCUACGCGUCAUACACUUGCGACUGCAACAACACGGCCUUCGAUGGGUUCUAUUGCCAUAAAGACAUCGGCGCCUACUUCGAGAUCGGCUCGUGGAUGCGUUACAACAUACGGAAGAAGCCCAUCUCGGACGAGGCGGCGUGGGCCAACUGGAUCGACCCCCACUUCGACAACUUCAGCCUGGGCUACAACGACACGGCGGACGACGUGGAGUUCAGCUUCAGCACACUGCACACUCCCGCCGUGCUGCUCUACAUCAGCUCCUUUGUGCAGGACUACAUCGCCGUCAUCCUCAAAACCGACGGAAGCGUGGAUCUGAGGUACAGGCUCGGCCUGAUCACCCAUAAAUAUCAGCUGACUCACAGGAACCUUGCGGAUGGAUACCCCCACUAUAUUAACAUAACAAGACACAACAGGACCAUCAAGUCUCAGGUGGAUUACAUGGAGCCCAUUGUGGAGAAGAUAACCCUGGUAGAAGAUGCUCGAUUUGAUUCUCCAAAGUCCAUGUUCCUGGGGAGGGUCAUGGAGAUCGGCGACAUCGACAAGGAGAUCAAGCGGCACAACGCGCCCGGCUUCAUCGGCUGCAUCUCGGGGGUGCGCUACAAUGUCUACGCCCCCCUCAAGGCUCUGUUCAGACCCAACGAGACGGACCCCCCGGUCACCACCCAGGGCUAUGUCUCUGAGUCCGUCUGCGGGGCCUUCACUCCUGUCCAUGGAUACGUUCCCUGGGAGGCCGACCCCUGGUUCGUUACCAUCGAAUACCUCUACAUUCACGAUGACAUGGGAUUGUUUUGGAUAGCAGUCGUCGUCCUGCUGGCGCUGGUGCUGCUGUUGGGGGGGCUGUACAGUAUCUACAUCUACCUGUACCAGCAGAAGGGCAGCUACCUGACCAACGAGCCCAAACACCUGGAUUCGCCCGGUAGCUCACGCCCGCUGACAGACACCCUGCGCAAGGAGAAGCGCAACCUGCCGCAGAUCGGCGAGGAGUUCCGGAGCGACUAGCCAACCGUAGCUCAUAGUGGCUAUCAGGGGCGGCUAGGUUAUUUGUUCCUCUUGUUUUUUUUUCGGAUGGCGGAAAUACUUAAUACUAUAAUCACAACCACAACCACAAAUACUUUUUUUUAUAUAUAUAAUCCCUUCAGAUUUUCUUUCAUAUUUUUUGUUAUCAGUUUAUUUAUAGUUGGUUUGUUUGCGUUCCUCUCCCUAGGGAAUUUCUGAAGCGUCGGUGCUCUGUAUUAUAGGAUAUUGAGUUGGAUCUAGGUUUGCCCACUAUAUUUUUGUGAAACCCUAUAUUAUGUGAGUAGCCAACCAGUCUCACACUGUAUCGCAGGGUGAAAAUCGAAGUGCCUCAUCAGAGCAAGCUUGAUCAAAAGUGACCCACGGUAACAUCUCGCAAUCUGAAAAAAAGAUCUUUCAUCAGAUCAGUUUUAAAAUCCCUCAGUUGUACAUCUUUAUUUUUUGAGGUGGAUCAGAAAUAUUUAAUCUACCAGAAAAUCCGGAAUAAGUAUUUGAAACCCAUGAUUUAUUGUAUGCUAUACCUUUCAAUGGUAUUGUAUCAUUGUAUUUGUAUCACAUAACUCUCUUUCUCAUGACAUCAGUGGCUAUAUCUUGAGAACUGAUGUGACAUAGAAAAAAUUAUAACAAGCAAAGAUAAAAGCAAACUCAGCAUACAUCAGUUAAACGCUCCUCCUCCUUGCUCUUGACUCCCGAGAACCGAGAGUGUCCAGAAAAGCAUGGAGCCUUUGUGACGCAAAGCUUUGAGAUGAUAUAACGACAGAAAAAACUACACAAACAAUAACCAACACACCGUGAAAUGGUAUCGCUCGAGCUUGUUGUUUAAUUACAGCCUUUAGCAUUGUAUCCAUACGGCGAUAAGACAUGCCAUUGUGUUUUUCAGAAAUGACAUGGUCUCUAGAAAGAGAGCGGCUUUUGCGCAGUACAUGCUCUAUGUGUGUGCUCAGAGCUCAAAUGCUCAAAGAACCUGGGAGUCAUCAAUCAAUGAUUAUGGACAUAAGGCAGAAAUACUGGAAACAUGGGAUCAUCUAGAGAGGAUUGGAAGAAUUGUUGGUGGUAGGAGCUGCAUUACGACAGGUAUAACCGGACAGGUACUCGAUAUAAAGGCUCUGCGCGUCUGUUUUCUUGAAGCAGAGCAUGGUGCUGCUUUAACCCAAUCUGGCUUGGCAGAACUUUCCCAACACCAGUCUCUGAUUGCAUAAUCAAAGGGGAACUAUCUUUAGUCUUGUCAAUCAUAAUGCCCCCAGCCAACCCCUUCCCGAUACAGAGCUCCUUUGUAAUACGAGAAUAAAAUAAAUGUGUCAACCGUAACAACAUGCACGAACACACACACACACACACACACACGCGCGUGCGCACACACACACACACACACACACACACACACACACACACACACACACACACACACACACACACACACACACACACACACACACACACACACACACACACACACACACACACACACACACACGUACACACACGGACACCUAGACAGGGACCACACGAGUUUAGUACUUCUCACCACACUGCUAGAGUAUUUUUGCAUAAUGUGUAGGACAGUAGUAUUGUACUGUUUUAUUGCUGCUCUCUCGUCAGCUCCCUUCAUUUGGGAGAGAAUAUUAAAAAAAAGUAGACGUAUAUCUCUCUCCAGUUCAAUAUCGUUCUUCCAAUCGGACGGAAAAAGGUUAUUGGAAUCAUUCAGUGUGAAAUGUAGCCUAGGGCAACCUUUACUUAGCUCCAUGCUAACGCACCCAUAGUUAAGAACUCAGAUGACUGUAUUUGUAUUUGGCAUUCAUUAGCUAUGGAUAAUCUACCGCAUGAUGGCUGCACUUUUUCUAUUCCAUGCAAUGACAUCGGCUUCUUUCAAGUUCACAUAAUCCCGAGUCAAUAGCAGUUACGAUCCAAUACAUAUGUAUGUGAAUAUAUGAACGCACACGAGUGUCGUUAAAAAAAAGGAUGAUUAUCAACUUUUUCUAUUGCUUUAAUUUUUUUUAUGGAGCGGAUCAGCUUUGAGGAUCAGCAGGAGAGAUAGGUUUGAAUGUAAACGCUGCAACUGUAAUGGCAAGGCAAGUCCCUGCAGUACAACCCUGGUUGUACUGGUCUCCCUGAUGUGUGUUCAGCACUGGAAGUUAAAGGACCCCUGUCAUGCAUCCGGAUGGACACUCCCGUUUGUGAUGUCACAAAUGAGGGUCCUUUAAAUUGCAACAUAUGCAUCGUAGCUUUUCAUUAUGCUCAGGUUAAUAGAUACAAUAGUACCGGAUUUACCGCAACACUGAUAUGCUCCUGACCUCGGCGAUCGUUUCCAUUGUAGAAAGACGGUGCUGUGCAUAGCUGUUAAAGAUUGUAAACUAAUGUGAAACACACAUAAAUAAAAAGGCAGGAAAUAAUAAUCGAUGAAAAAAUGUACAGAUUUGGGGCUUUUUUUCUAAGCUAUAUUUUUAACAGAGUAUUGUAAUUGAGUCAAAUGAGAGAGGAAGGAAGAAAACAGAAUGAUUUGUUACAUGUCUGAUCAAUUUCAAGAUUGUUUUUGCUUUUCAGUUUCACAUGUUAUAUAUUUUCAAUUGAUGGAUAUCACAAUUUACACAGUGAACACUUUUGGUUUGCUUUUGUUAACCUGUUUAUGUGUAUCAGAGAACUGCACGCACACAUUGAUAUUCAUUUGAAAAACAUACAUAUGCAUUCUUCUACGAUAGUAGUAUCACUGCAAUGCCAUUGUUUUGAGUUGAUUGUGGUCCUUGUAGCGUGUGUACGUUUGACUACAUGGAUAUAUAGCGUGCAAUUUCUGUUACUGCGUAGCCUACCAAGAUCUGCCGACUAGAAAUGACAGUGUUUGUUCACAGAGAGGAGUGUGCUGAUGAGAGCAUUGCGUUUUUCAUGUGUAAACUUCAGCUAAGAUUCCUUAUGGUGGGAAAACUGGAAGGCUAGCGAUAAGCCGUUAGCUAAAGAGCGGUCGGCUAGUUAAAUAAAGGUAAAGCCUUCCUAGACUGGAGGGUAUCAUCAAACAAGCUACUAGAACAAGCUACUCUUAUCACUAAUGACAGUGGUGUUGUGAUUCAACUCAACUAUAUUAACUUUUAUUUUAUUGAUUCAUUUAAAGAGGGGGAGGGGCGGUUCUGCUCGGUUGGUUUGGUUUUGUGAUGUCACUGUAAAUGACCAUUACUGUGUAAAUUAAGGCAAAACCAAACUGUCACCACAAUAAAAAAAAGCUUAAAAGAAAUUGCAUUUGUUUUCAAUAUUUAUUAUCUAUUCUGUAUGCAUAUAGCGUCAAC